AUGAGACGAAAAGACGACGAUGCUGUUCUGCCCAAAAGCUAUGCCUUGCCAGAAAGUAAUGCUACUAAUCUAAAUUCAUCAUCAAAAGUUAUAAAAAGCACUGCAAGAUCUACAUGGGAUUCUAGUGAUAGUGACUUUGAUUCUACGGUUGUUCGUACAGAAAAGGCUAGCGAAAGUGAGAAUACUAUCCCAGUAUAUAAUCAUACAUCAAAUCUAUCGAAUUCUUCACGUAAGACAUCUCACUCCACUGCAAAUAAGUUAAGUUCAUCGAAAGAAUCGAAAAGCAUUCCAACUACGAAAAGGAAAAAUGACACUUGUAGCAAAGAUGGUUCAGUCAACUCUAAAGAAGCUCGGUCCAAGUUAUCCAGUAGUGAUUCAGACAAUAGAAGACGCGAAAAAACUUCAAAUCGUCAACGGUCUAGCAAACGACGAAGAAAAUCCAUAAUCUUUUGUCGCACUCACCACUUGAUUACCCUGGGUUCAGAGCUUCUAAGUCACGUUAUACUCCCCUAUCCAACUAUGUCCUUGAAGGCUAAUGUGGAUGCAUUAGAUGAUAUAGCUACGAAACAGCCAUGCACAUUAAGUAAUGGGAUACUGAGAACAGAAGCCUAUGCUCCAAAUCGUCAUAUGACUGAGGGAAGUUUACUAACAGGGUAA